AUAUCUUGGUCUCAAGUAAGGGUGACCACCAAAUGGCAAAUGGCAAAUGGCAAAUAGCAAUGCAUUAAAGCCAUAUAUCCAACUCAACUUACUAUCAACUUCUCUCCAUUUCUCCUUUUUCUCUUAGCCAAAUUGGAAAAGAGAACUUAAUUCCCACUUCUCUCACUCUCAAAGCAAUGUUCCACUCCUCUGUUUUCUUUCUCUCCUUCACUUUCCUUUCACUUGCCAGCUUAUGCAUACCGGUUUCGAUUGCCAAUCCGGAUUUGCCCGAUCCAGAACCCGUUUCAUUUUCCACCCCAUCAACGCCCGCAACGAUUCCGGCGUUCCCGGAGCAGUCCAACACCGCCGCCUGCCCGCUGGACCUCACGGAGGAGCUCUUCCGCGGGAUCAAAUCCGCCUGCGGGUCGAAUGAUUAUUCGGGUCCUCUCCACCGGACCCGGUGCUGCCCGGUACUCGCGGCCUGGCUCUACUCCGCCUAUUCAACAACUGCCCUCCAAAGGGCCACCUCCAAGAUCCCUCGAACGACGACGUUUGACAUGCCGGUGCUCCCGGAUGACUCCGAGACCUGCGUGGAUUCUCUGGAGAAGGCUCUGGGGAAUAAAGGCAUUGAAUUGGUGAAGCCCAACCAGACCUGUGACGUAGUUUACUGCUACUGUGGCAUUAGGCUUCACCCUUUGAGCUGCCCGGAAGCUUUCUCCAUGAAUUCCCAUGGCGAAUUGGUGGGCCAUCAGAGUGUGAAGAGACUGGAAACUGAUUGCUUCAGUUCUUCUGCAAAUGGGUAUUCUAGCCUUGCCAGUUGCUCCAAGUGCUUGAAUAGCUUGUAUCUGCUUAGCAAGUCUGAAACGAGAAGCACAAGCAAAUCAGACGAAAGAGGAAGCAAAAUGCGCAGCAGAGAUUGCCAGCUGAUGGGUCUAACAUGGCUUCUCAACAAAAAUCGAGCUCGUUAUAUUCACACAGUCUCUGCAGUUCUGAGGGCGCUGAUGAUGAGCACCAACGGCUCUGAUCCCUUGUCGUGCACCCUCAACAGCGACGGUAUGCCUCUUGCGGUUGACUCCUCAGAAUUUUACGAUCAAUCUUCAUCAUUCACUCUGCAAAUAUCACAUUACACCUAUAUUAUUGUACCUCUUCUUCUGCUAUAUAUUAGCAAAUCACCAUGACUAGCUAGCUAGCAGUACUACCUCUUGCUUCUUCCUCUACAGCAACGUACUACGGUGAUCGAAUUUGUUUCUAUUACAUUAUAUUGUUUAUUCUUGUUAGUGAGAUUGUAAUCAUGCAACAAUAUAAUUGUAGAUCUGCCAUUGAACCAAAGUUGCACUUUUACAAUGCUUUUUCUUUUA